UCCCCGCAGCAGGGCCGAGCGGAGUAAAAUGGCUGCCGCAGAGGCCGGGCCCGGACAGUAUCGGCGGCAGUGGCCGCACCUCCUCUUCUUGUGCUAAAGUGGGCGGGCGGAAGGGCCUAGCUUCCCGGUGGAGCCGGGCUUUGCAGCUCCUACAGACAUGGAAGAGGAGGAGAAUCGCCGCUCCCCAGUCAGGGAGGAUCCUGCACGAGGUGGUGAGAAGCCAACCAGUGAAUCUUCUCUUGAUUCGGAUUGGGACCAAUCAGGUGUCCUUGGUGCUGGCCAAGUUAUCAUUUUGAAAGCUUUGCAGCAAGCCGUGGGCAGUGGCUUGGCAGGUGAACUCCAAGAUCCAGCAAGCAAGAAAGAUGCUGAAUGUAAGCGCACAAGCCGAAGGAAGUGGUGCAGGAGCUCCAGAUCUGAAGGGCUUGGAGGAGAUUGGCUGGGAACUAGUGAUCCUGCAUUGGCCUGCGAUAGGAAUGGCCUGAUGGGUGAGGUUCUUGAGACUCCUUCUGGUGCGAUGCCUGCCUUAGCUGGAGUCUUGGAUUACUUGGAAUGGACUUGCCAUUUGCCCCAGGAAUUGGAGAGCUCUAUAGGGACCCAAGCAGUUUAUGGAGAUGAAACCAUGGAAGAAGUGGAGCUGGUGGCUGAGGUGCGGCUGGAGGAUGUCAGUGCCCUAUCAGGCAUCUUUAGAAGAAACCUGUCCUGGAGGAUGCAAAAGUCUGCUUGCCUUGGAUCAUCUGCACCCCGCUGGAGCAGAAGCAGACCCUGCUCCAUUGGCCACCCUUCCCUUUCAGAGCAGCCCCACCCCCUGGAACCACACAGAACUCUGCCUGUAAUGGACAAAGCUCCUUGGACUUCUGUUUUAGGCAGGCAUGGGGUUUCGCAGCCCACUAAAGCAGACAGGACUUCUCCUUCCCCUUGCUUGGGCAUGACUCUGGGCACAGGCAUGGGGGUAUCCAGUGGGGGGCAGCAGCGCCCACAGAAUGUUGCUGGCCGGGAUUCUGAAUCCCAGCAGCGAUCUCAACCACCCCCUGCAAAUUCCUUGGAUAAGGCUGAUUCCAGCACCUCCUCCUCAUCCUCUUGCUCUUCCUCGACCUCCUCCGUGUCCCGCCAUCAGGGCCUGCCUGGAGAAGGUGGCGGUGGCAGCUCAUCCAACCCCUGUGCCCCAAUGCGCUCCCCAGACUUAGAUAUUUAUGAUCCCUUCCACCCUACAGAUGAGGAUAACCUUAAUGGUGAUUUUGGGUUUGGUGACUCUCCUCACAAGGAGGCUGAAGGUGGACGGCAUGACCAGAAAUAUGACCCCUUUGACCCUACUGGUUCCAACCCCAGUUCCUCAGUUAGUACUCCUUCACCUGAGGAGGACGAUGAGGAAGAGGAGGAGGAGGAGGAGGAGGAAGAUGAUGACCACAACCAGCAUCCUCCAGACAUGUCCCACAGCAUCAGCCGCAUCUCGGAAACAUUGGCUGGAAUCUACGAUGAAAAUAGCUUGAGCCAGGAUUUUCCCAGCUCAGACAAAGGACAAGAAGAUUCAGAACCAGAAGCAGAAUCUGGCAGAGGUUAUGAAACUGAGGCUGCCUGUCCUCCUGAGCCCCCAGAGAGCAAAGAGCCUCCAGGUGCUGACUCUACCCUGCCUGAGGAGCUCCCACCAGAACAGGAAGAAUCCAAGGCUCCUGAACCACGUCGCCGGGUAUUUGUGGUCGACCUGGCCCCCAAAGGCCGCUUGGAUUCUGAAGCUAAGCCCCAGCUGGAGGGGAAGGUCUCCCUGGAAGUUGUGACUGUUGGAAAUGCCAAGCUAAGGAGUGGAGAGAAGGGAUCCAAAGGAGGUGGGCACCAUCGGGCUGGACGCCGGUCAUCAAUGGAAUGGGAUGGGAGUGGUGGCGGGGACUCUGAAAUCGAGGAAGGUGAGAUUGUCCAGCCAGAAGAUGAACGCUACAGUCCCAUUCGAUUGUUCCGUAGCAGGUGCCGGCCUGCUGAACAGCGCACUCUGCGAGUGGUGGAAGGUGACGACUUCCUCUCACUGCAUGCAGACUCAGAUGAUGAAGGAGCCUUACAGAUUGACUUUAGUGAGAGCCAACCUGACCCACGUUGGAAGGGGGUGGACUUGAGGCGGAAGAUCUUGACCCAGCGACGAGAGCGUUUCCACCGAGCUCCAUCACCCCUGCCUCCUCCACCACCUCCACCAGCCCCCAAGCGCCCUGCUUCCAAAUCCCAUUCUGGAUCUAGCUCUGGCUCAUGUAAGAAAUCCAAGCGAGAACGCAAAAGAUCACGAGAACGUAAGGCCUCAAAAACCAAGGAAUCGUACACCACCUCGUGGAACCCUAAGAAGAAAUCAAAGUCACGCUCAAAAUCUAAAGAGCGUCGGCACUCGCAUCACCGGGCCUCAAGGUCCCGUUCGCAUCACCGAACCUCCCGUUCAUGGUCACCCUCAAUCAGCACCAGCUUGUCCGCUGUCGGCUCCUCACACACAUCUGCCGAGCGACGCAAGAGUAGGAGAUCCAAGUCCAAGGAGAAGCGCCGCGGCCGUCGUUCCCGGUCACGCAGCAGCAGUCGGGCCCAUCGCAGUCGGCACAAAGACAAACAUCGGGGGGAUGGUGGUAGGAAGAAGAAGAAACGCUCCAGAUCUCGUUCACGUGAGAAGCAUCCCUCCCAUCGUUUAUCCAAAGACAAGGAACGGGAGGUCCACCUGCUGGAGGAACCCAAGUCUGAGAAGGGCUUGAUGGAGCGCCGGAGAGAUGCACGAACUGUGGUGCCUCCCUCUAUUCAGGACCUCAAUGACAAUGACCUCUUCACUAUCAAGAGGACCAUCACAGUCAACCAGCAAGAAAAAAUGGAGGGCCUGUUGGAGACACCUGAGCGAGCUAAGCGGGAGGUGCUUUACGACUCAGAAGGGAUGAGCUUUGACACUUGCUUCUCAGAUCGUGAGCCUGCCGAGGAAUCCAAAUUAGGUGGGGUGCGACUAACAGCCAAGGAGGACCCAGUCCCGUCCCGCAAGGACAAACGACCAGAGGAGGACACCAAACAGAAGGUGCCCAAAGAGAAAGAGCGCAAGAGGGCCUAUCUUGAGGACCGUCCUGGUGCCCGAGAUAAGUACAAAAAGAAGCUGAAGGAAGGACCUCCCUGUUCUGAACAACAGGAAUUGCCCAAGGCAGAAAAAAAAGCCCGACCUGAUAGGGACAAAACAGGGAAAAAAAUGAAAGCUGGAAGCCACAAGGAGAGUGGGAAGUUAGGCUCCAGCCGGAAGGUGAAGCUUCAGUCCAAGGUGGCUGUACUGAUCCGUGAGGGUGUGAGCAGCACCACUUCAGUUAAGGAGGUGGGCUCCAUCGGUGUCAAGUUUAGCCGUGACAAGGAGAGCCGCUCACCUUUCCUUAAAUCAGAAGAGAAGGUGUUGAUGGUUGGAGCUUCUGCAGCCAGUCAAGGUGAGAUGGCUGAUGUUAAGGAGCCAGGCUUCAAGCCCAAGAAAGUCAAAGGGCUGAAGACCAAGAUGGGGGUGAAGAAAUUGAAGGGCCUCAAGCCCAAGGGUGCCUCAGAGCCCAAGAAGAAGAAGAAACUCAAGGCAAAGACUGGGCUAAAGAAAUCCAAAGCUGACAGCUGCAGUCAAGGUGCAAGCAGUCCAUUGAGGGUCAAGGAGGAACCCUCGUGGUCUGGUUCAGAGAAAUCGGAGGGAACAGCCAAACCGCCAAGCCCUCAGCCCUUGGCCCCUGGCCAAGAACUCACACCUGAUUCCCAGACAGUGGACAGUAGUUGCAAGACGCCUGAUGUCUCCUUCCUUCCUGAAGACCCACCAGCUGAGCCACCCAGGGUACCAGCAGAUGAGCCAGAAGUGGACAGCUUGUCUGAGACCAAAGAGGAGCAGCCACUGCAGCAGCCACCCCACCCACCCCGCAGUGCACCCCAACCGCCCGCCCCCAUGUCGUGGAAUCUGCAGGGUGGGGUGGACUGCACCAGCGGUGUAUUGGCAUUGACUGCCCUGCUCUUCAAGAUGGAAGAGGCCAACCUUGCAAGCCGGGCAAAAGCCCAGGAGCUCAUUCAAGCAACCAAUCAGAUCUUGACUCACACCAAGCCCUCAUCGUCCUUGGGCCCUCCUCAGCCAUCAGUGCCACCUUCCCACCCACCUGCUUCACACCUGGCUGUGCCACCUGUUUCCUAUUUGCUUCAGAGCUCCCUGCCUCUCAGUGGAUGCAGCUCCACUCCUCCCACCCCAACUGGGGUGCUGCCUGGAACGUUAAACCAGGCCUCGGCAGGUCCUCCUUCAGCUGGCAUCUUUGCUUCUUCAUCUGGCACAGAUCUGGGUAGCACCAGCUCUGAAGGGCGUGGAGACAGCGAUAAGUAUCUGAAAAAGCUUCAUACACAAGAGCGGGCAGUGGAGGAAGUGAAACUUGCCAUCAAGCCCUAUUACCAGAAGAAGGAGAUCACAAAGGAGGAAUAUAAAGACAUCUUACGCAAAGCCGUCCACAAGAUCUGCCACAGCAAGAGUGGAGAAAUUAAUCCAGUCAAGGUGAACAACCUAGUGAAGGCCUAUGUCCAGAGAUACAAGUACUUUCGAAAACAUGGACGCAAGAUGGAUGAGGAGCCAGGCCCCCCCAAGGAAAUAGGGGGCCUGGACAAGUCUGGUUUGCCCAUGCCCCCACUUUGAUCUCCUAUGACCAGAGGGAAAAAAUCAGAAUGGCCCUUCUUUAUGCAAAUAGGCUUGGCUAAGCCCCCCAGCUCCCUCCUUUGCUGCGUGGGGCUUAUGGAAGGGAGGGUCAGGGAGACCCAAUUUGUUUGGGAGGGGUGGCAUUUGGAAAGUGUGAUUCUUGUGCAUCUGCUACCUGCCCCCGAUCCUACCCCCUUCCUCAAACACUUUUCAUAGUUUUAGGCACAAAUCAACUUGUGUUUUACCCUGUAAAUAGAGAUGGAAGAGGAUGGGGCUAAUUUUUAGUGUCAUCACUCCAAAAAUUCCCCAUGAUACAAUGGGUGGAUAUUAUUCCUCCCUCUCAACACUUAGUUUUUACUCAUUUAGCAUGUUUUUAAUUUGAUGGUUUUAUCCUUGCCCUCCCAGUCAGCAGUCCUGAAACAGCAGUACCAUGAUUGGCCCACAGAUGGCAGCAUCCUGCCAUAUGGGGUAGGAUAAGGCACCCCUCAUACCCUCCUCCCAGUUGUACGUUUGUCAUAUUCUUCCCCUCCCCAUUUCCCCUUCAUAAACUGCAUUUAGCCAUCUAAACCGUGCUCCAUCUCUGUGGUCCUUGAGCAAUGGGGGUCUAUGUGUUUUGUGGCUGGAGUUUUAUCUCCAAUCUGAGGAAUAAGAACAUUAGGAAGAUUGGAUUUGCUGCUACAGUUAUUUCAAGGGAGAUUGGCUUCAACUGUCUUUUAAAAGGGUGCCCCUUCAGAAUUGGUUGAGGUUUCCCCAUACAGGUGCCCAUGAUUUUCCUUAUCCUAGAGGUAGCUGCACUGAGGUAUUAAAUGAAAGGCUGGAAGGGCUGUUCGGCUGUGCAGCUACCAUGCAGGGGCUAUGCUGUGCUGCAGUCUCCUUCCUCCCAUUUCGUCCAUGCCUCUUCAUGAAGCCUGGGGCCCAAGGUUGUUUUUGUGAGGUCACCGAGUUAACGUGCUCCUUGUUUCAUAAAGCACCUCUGAGCCUAAUCAUGCAAUCUGCUGCCUAAGCUCUUCUGAAGUUGGAAUGGGUUCAGAAGAGGGCAACAAAAAUGGUCAGCAGUACAGAAAAACAGCCCUGUGAAGAAUGCUUAGAGGAAAUUGGUACAUUUAAGCCCCGAGAAGAAUGAAGAGGCAAACCACACUCUUCAAAGAUCCAAAGACCUAUCUCGUAGGGCUCUUUGUUGCCCUACGAUGCAGGAGAUGAGCUGCUAGGCUGAAAUCACAGGAGAGGAGGUUUUGGUUGCGUAUGAAGCCCAAGCACCUUGACAGUAAGAACAGUUUGACUAUGGAACCAACAACUGAGAAAGUUGAUGGGCUCUCCCUCACCAGAGGUCUCCACACAGAGGCCAGACAGCAAACUGUAGGGGAUGUGUUAGCUCUGGAUUUGCUGCCUCGUACAAAAUGUGGAUGCAGAACCUCAGGCCCAUGGGAUGAAUCCAGCCCAAUGGAGUUCUCCAGAAGGACACACUCCCAUCCUCCCAUGGAUUGGUGGCUUCCAAGCUUUUGUGCAGCCCCCCCCCCUUCUGAUACGGCUUUCCUAAGUUGUAAAGCUACAGACUAUAAGAGCUUUCAGUUGCAUAUGUUGGUAUUUUUGGCCCUGCCCACUACUCUUCAAAGUGGAGUUCCGCUCCGGCUGAAAGGUUCAGCAUCUCUGCCGUAAACGGCUUAAAUUCUGCCCCCGCCCCCCACACACAACUCUAUAAUUCUGUACACAACAGAGUUGCACUGGGGUGGAAGGAUACCUCCAGCAAAUGCCUGAGAUUAGGAUGCAAAUAUGAGGAAUUGUAUAACUGUCUGUAGAUCAAGCUGCAGGAUAGAAGGAAUGUGUGAAAGAUGUGGAAAGUGAGGGAAUGUUUGGCUGAUAGUCUGGAGUCGGUAAUGUAUAUAAAGCUACCUGUACUUCAGAGACUUUGUUACUGGAAUGCUAAACAGUUCCCAAAACAAUUGUCAGAAGCAGCAAGUGAAGUAUUUGUUUGGAAGGAGGGGCAGCCAUGUUUGCAGUGAAGAUGGCUUUUUUUGAUGCUUGAAUUUAUGGUUCCAGAGCAGGAAACCGAUACCUGAAUGGGACAGGAUAGCGUCUGAAUGGAGGGAAACUAGAGCCAAGAGCAAUCUGGCUGGGACAUAUUGGGAAAUGUAAUCCAAUGCUUCUGGAGAGCACCAGGUUACAGAAAAGCUGAGACAGACAAUCAGAGGUAAUCAUCAGUUUCUAUUCCAAGGUGGUUGUGGGUGCUAGGCCUUGACAACUCAGUUGUCAUUUCAGUGACUAUUCCUGGGCUGUUGGACAGGGUCAACCUUUUUCAGAGUGUGUCUUUCAGCAACUCCCUUCGCUCCAUGAAGCUGAUGGUGAGGUUCUAGUUGGAAGGCUGCAGGAGGGAGGGGUCAUGUGGAGGAGGGCUCGCCUGUAAUACUGCAAGAGCUGACUACUACGGGAAAGCAUGGGGUUGAACACAUGGUGAGAUUAGCAGAAUGGGAAUGCUGCCCAGGACAGAUGUGGGCCUUCAGUGAAUGUGUAUCACUUAGGUACGCAGCAGCCCUGGAGCAACUUGGUGUCUUCUAGUUCAGGGGGCUCCAUUUGCUUAUAAAAUCAUGCAUGGUGUGGACAAAGUAGAUGGAUGUCUUUCUCCGAGUAAAGAUACUAGAAAUCGAGCAUCAUCCAGUGAAACGGAUUCAUAAGGGAAUCAGGACAGAUGCAUCAGUCAGUGCAUAGUUAACCUCUGAGAUCUGUUAUCACACCAUACAAUAACCAGGCAGUGACUUAGACGGGCUCACUACCAAUAUCUGGAUACUUAAUGCCCUCUAACUCUUUUCAACUCUUUGCUGUUCCAACCGUCACAGUUAAGGUGGAUUAAGAACUGAAACACUAUACACAUCUUCUUCUCCCCACUCCAAGUUGUAUUUACAAAGUGCCUAAAUUAUUAGGCAUUUCACAAUAAGUGCCCUGCUUUUCAGGCUCACAAUCUGAAAUUAAAUAACUGGUUGUGUUUACACAUAAUGCUUGGCCAGGAAUCCUGGCUUAAUAAACCACAAUGUGAACAAGCA